CGUCUCAAACUCGGCUCUCUCUCUCUCUUUUAGCUCUUUCAGCUCUCUCUGUUCUUAAAGAACAAGGACAAGAAGAAGAACACAGUUUGACAUGUGAACCUCUCUUUCUCUUUUACCAAUUUGUACCCCAUUUCCGCUCGGAAAAAAAGUUUGGUCAAGAUCAGAUCAUCCUGAGUGAAAGCGGUUCCUCUUACUUUCUCUUUUCUCUCUUCUCUCGAGUAGUGAAGGACUUUCGACUUUGGGUGAAAGUGGAGGUGGAGGAGAUCGCAAGAAGAAAAUAUUUGGUUGGGUUGAGUGUGUCGACUUUUUUAGUUGUGGACGGGAGAAAGUGAGGAGGAUACUUGAAGUGAAAGUAGUAGCUCAGAUUUGUGGAAAAUCUCAACUUGCCCCAGGUUUCCGUCAAGAGCCUGUUUUCAACUAUUUGUGGAUUAUCUGCCCCACUCAAAAUAAAGACCGUGUCAUUCUCAUCUCUCUCUCUCUCAAAACAUUUCACAAGUGAAGUUAAUGGAGAACAAAGAAGUCGGAUUUUCCCGAAAAAAACCUGAACGACGUGUGUCUCCUGUGUUUCUUGAUAAAACAAAGUUUUGUAAUUCUGCACACUCCUCGUCGCCCUUUCGUCAAGUGGUCGUGUAUGUAUUUGUGUGUACACGUGACACAAGUGGGCACAUAGCAUCGCCAUCGAGGAUGCAGGAGUUUCCUACUGCUGGUGCAAAUAAUAAAUGUGAAAAGAAGUGUGAAACAGUUUAGGACGGACGGACGGACGCGAUCCGAUCAUCCAGCAAAGUUUGAGGAGGAGAAAAUUGCGAAAAAAAGACAAUAAAGAAGGGCGAAAUUUUCGCGAUUUUGUGUGUCUAACAUUCCGUGAAGGGGAAAGUGAAAGUAAAUCACGUGAGGAGAAAUUGUCGAAAAUUUCGAAAAAACGGGAAUAAAAGAGUCCCAAAUUUUGGAGAUUUUGUGACUAACAUGUUGUGAAAGUGAAAGAAGCACAACUUUUUACCCCCGAAAAAUCAGCGGAAAUACGGCAGAACAAUUUGGGUAGCUUCUUGACAGUUUUUUUUGGUGGGCGUAGAAAAUCUAGGAAGAAUAGAAGAUCAGGAACUUUAUAGAAGGUUUUUCCUUAGCGAUGGAUUUGGACGAGGAGAACUGGCCCCCGUCGUACGACGAGGGGGGGAACUGGUCGUUCCGAGGGAACUCAUCGAACGACACGGCGGAUCCCAUUACGGACGAUACUUUCACAACCGUCUCGCUCGUCUGUAUCGGCAUCUUCCUCUCCUUCAUGAUCAUGGCGUCGAUCGUGGGAAACGCGCUGGUGUGCAUCGCUGUGGCGACGGAGCGCUCUCUGCGCCGCAUUGGGAACCUCUUCAUCGUCUCUUUGGCGAUCGCGGACAUGUUCGUGGCCUGUUUGGUCAUGACUUUCGCCGGGGUGAAUGACCUGCUGGGUUACUGGGUCUUUGGAGAACAGUUUUGCGACACGUGGAUUGCUUUUGACGUUAUGUGCUCAACGGCAUCCAUCCUGAACCUGGCAGCGAUUUCGUUGGAUCGCUACGUGCAUAUCAAGGACCCCCUCCGCUACGGGCGUUGGGUGAACAAGAGGAGCAUUUUGGGUGUCAUUGCCGUCGUCUGGAUUCUCGCCGCGCUGAUUUCCUUCGUCCCCAUUUCACUUGAUUUGCACAGAGCGGACGAACUGGAGAUGCCCAAGGACCCACUCGCCCUGCCCACGUGUGCGCUCGAUCUGAGCCCGACCUACGCCGUGGUCUCGUCCUGCGUCUCGUUUUACCUGCCGUGCUUCAUCAUGGUGGGCAUCUACUGCCGCCUCUACCUCUAUGCCAGGAAGCACGUCAAGAAUAUCAAAGCCGUGACGAGGCCGCCACCUCGCGCCGGCGAUGCGACCGCCAGGACAACACCGACACAUGCUAACUCGUCGUAUCAGGUUUCUGACCAUAAAGCAGCCGUGACAGUGGGGGUCAUCAUGGGAACCUUUUUGGUGUGUUGGGUGCCCUUUUUCUGCGCCAACAUAGUCUACGCCUUCUGCAAAACGUGCAUUCCAGACUUGGCUUUUAAGAUCCUGACAUGGCUGGGCUACUCAAACUCGUGCUUCAACCCGGUCAUCUAUUCCAUAUUCAAUACCGAGUUUCGUGCAGCGUUUCGACGAAUCUUGACUUCGCGGCUGCCUCCGUGCUGCAAGGACUUGGGAUGGUGCCCCUCUUGUCGGCUUAUCUCCUGCUGCAGGCGGUGCGGUUACCAAGCCGUGGCUCUCAUUCAACGCCGCAGGUCGGACCCUGAGGUGGGCUCGCUUCACCAGAUGAAUGGGAUCUGCACCUUCCGCGAAACGCCGAGAUCUUCGGGUGGCUCUAUUCCAGGGACGAACACGCGCUCCACCACGCCACGGGAAAUUCGGUGCGGAUCCGGCUCCGGAGUGACCAUGUUUGGCGAGAAAGUUAGCGCGAUUUGAUCAGCGGACGUGGUGGACACGAGGAGAAAGUAAUUGUGCGAAAAAAAUUGUGGGUGCAAAAAAAGAAAGAAAGAAACUGUGAUUGAGUCGGGAAGGUGAAAGUGCGAAAUCUGUGCCGAAAGCGGGUAUCCCUUCAAACUGCGGGACUUUCUCCGUGAGUGUGCAAAUUAUGUGCAAAAAAUGCUCCCGGAAGUAAAAGAGACAUUGCCCCUUCUAACUGCCGGAUUGGUCGCUUUCUCCGUGCAAAUUAUGUGCGAAAAAGUGAACGAGUAUAUCCCAUCAAAACCGGAGGGUUGGUUCACUUUCUCCGCAAAUGUGCAAAUUUCUAUGCACAAAAUUCCAGAAGAAGUGAAAGCCAAGUUAUCCCCCGGAUUUGUCCGUGCAAAUUCCCCUCGGUUGUAAAAUGAGCUUGAGGAAUUGGAUCUGAAAAAACCUUUCUCCGCAUACAAUUUGCCGAUAUCUUCUUAUCGAAUUUGUUUACUUUCCCCAUUACCGAGUCCUUAUCGAGGCUGGGGAAAGGAUUAUAAAAAAGAGACCGAGGACAAAAAUAAGCUUCCUCUCAUCAUCAAAAAUAUGAGAAAACAUCCAUUGAAAAAAGAACCCAGUGAAAAAAAGAGAAAGCCUUUCACCCUAUUGGUUUCAUAUUUUUUGGAGAGACACGUUUUUCUCCAGCCGAGGAAAAUAUAGGACUAAAAAAGGCCAACCAACCGCAUUGAUUUCGCUACGACGAAUGAAGAAAGUCAAGUCAAUAACCAUUUCCGAAUCGAAUGCAAGUUUUUUUCUGUGGAAUUCCGUGUUUCUUAUAUUUUUUUAUCAAAUUUCUUCAAGAUUGGAUCACGAAAAUCUGCAAUCUGAGCGGAAUGGAGGCUUGCUUUCACUUUGAGAAGAAGAAGAAAUGCAUAGAAAUAUACAUAUAUUUCUCAAUUUAUGGGGCAUAAAAUAAAUGUUAUGUCCCACGCAGUGACCAGUCCUGGUCGUGACUAAGGCGACCAAGCAUGAAAUUAUUUUUUAAUAGGUAUGAACUUUCUCUAAGGAGAAAGUUGGGUAAAUUGAAAUAUCUAGUUUUCUUCCCUAGAAUUAAAUUAUUGAUGUCUCCAAUUAAGCCACCUUUUCCCCUGUGUGGGGGGAGGAUGCAACGUAAAGAGAAAGUCUGCCCUUAAUCUGCCACCGAAUUAAAAUUUAACGCUAAAAAUAAAAUGAUAGUUCCCGAAUGGAUGUAUUUUAUUGGGACAAAUGAGAGGACAAUUUGUACUAAAAGAGAAAGUUUUUGUUGAUCCGGGGAUGACUUUCACCCAAAUAAUUUAUGAGGCUUGAGCAGCACUGAGCGAGCUAAAUUGGUGAACCAAAAAUAAAACAAGGGAAUGGUUAAGAAAAAGGAGAGUGAGUCUAUUUUCUGGCUGGUGAAAGUAUGUUGUUGUUCGCAUCAUCAUUUUCCCUCUAACUACUUGAUGUUGUCGUAUUUAAUAUAUUUUGAUGGGAAAUAGUCCCACGAGGAUUUGAUUAUGUAAAUGAGGGAAGCAUUUAUUGCGGAGAAAGUGAGAGAAAGAGAGAGAGCGAGGAAAACCCGAGUAACAUGGGGAAAAUUACGGUUUGUAUGUGAGGUAAAUUUGUGGAGAUAAUUUUAAGGAAUUUUAGGAAACCAGGGUGCAUCAUGGACGAAAUUUUUUAAGGGGGGUUUGACCACCUUUCGGAAACCUUAUUUUAGCGAUAUUCAGUUAUUUAUCGUGGGUCCUGUCCUGGAGAAAGUCGCACUUUCACCACGUUUCAAGGUAAACUUUCACUGUGAAAGCGAUCUCGCUUAAGUUACACCUUCCGCCAAGCAUAUUCCAUUGAUAGGCAGCUGUUUAUCGGCGAAAUUAUAGCUUCCGCCGCGGAGAAAGCUAUACUUUAAUCAAGUUUGAAGUCACGCUUUCACCGCGACUGCUUUCCUGCAAAAACGAGACCUUUCGCAAGCUGGAAAGUAGCGAUUUCUCCGCGAAAGUAUGCCUCCCGCUGUGGAGAAAGCUUCACUUUCACCAAGUUUUAGGCACGCUUUCACCGUUCAUUUUAAGCCAUGUGUUAAUCGGGCAUAAUUUUGCGGACCUCCCGUCGUAUUUAGUAAAUUUCCCGUUGGGUUGUUUCCCCAUUGUUGGGACGGAUAAAAGGCGACGGAGAAAAUUAAACUGGACGAAACCACGCCACAUGCCAACUUCCCACAGUAGUGGAAAGUAAAUUACUCAAUUUUAGCGUGUGAUUCCUGGUUGUGUUUUCACUCCUUGGAGAACGUGUGGUCAUGUGGGGAAGAGAGAGUGUUGUAAGAGCUGUGUUUAUGACCUAGACCGCAGAAAUGUAGGCGUUUCACAGUGGUGGUGUUGGAGGUGGUUCAAGGCUAGGUUUGGGAAAUCACGUGAGAGUGGUUAAAAUCAAAAUGUGAUGUGAUUUACUGUGAAAUAUGUGAUUUAUCGGAUUUCUGUGAUUAUGAAAUAAAUGGAGCAACUUUCUUUAAUAUGCGAGUUUUAAAACCAGCUUAAUUUUCGGAUUAGUCACAAAAUUCAGACACUUUUCGGUCCGGUUUUUUUGACCAACUUUCACCUUUAACAUACAAAUCUAAUGCAAACCGAGACUUUGUCCUAGGCGGGGCAACUACGAUAGAAAAAUGGUCAGAAUUUCAGACCGAAUCCUAAUAUCAAGUUGGUCUCGUCAUAAAGUGUAUUUUACACAAGUUGUCUCACUUUUCCCGCAGUAAUAUCAUGAAAAUCACGCGGUGUGAAAAUCACAGAAAUCACAACGUAUAAUUAUUAUCACAGUUCUUCAAACUCUGUUUCAAUAGUUAAAUAUCACAGAAAUCAGAAUUGACAAAGAAAUCACAGAAUAUUAAAAAAAUCACACCAUGUAACACAUUUGAAUUAAAACCCUGUUUAAAUAUUUUGAACUUGCGGCUUGAAUCCUUAAAGGAUAGCAACACUUGAUUAAUAAUUUAAUACAGCACAUCUUCAUCCGUUUGUAUGCAUAAUGGAGGCCAGCAAUAAUAAUGAUAAUGAACUUUUUGAUGAUGCCACGCUUUAAGAGAGAGAAAGCGAGAGAAAGUUGUACUUUAUUCAGUCACUAAUGAACGACGCGUAUUUAAACGGAUUAUAACUAUCUAUUCACGAAUUUGCUAGGACAAACUGUGAUAAGAGGCAGCAGGACUAAAUAAAUGCGAGUACAUAGAUAGAUAAAAUUAUUAUUACCGAGUCAGUAUUAAAUAAGGAUGGUCCAUCACCAAAAAAAAUGAAAAUCAAUCAAUUAUUACACAUUUAUGAUUACAAAUCACGGGAAAGCUAAUUGAACCACGUGGGAUUUUUAACUGAAUCAUCACCACGUGGGAUUUUUACUCAUUUACAUAAAUGUUACCCACGUGAAUACUUUGUGAUACUCAAAUGGAAAGAGUGGGAAAAUUUUGUAGUAAAUAAGUUUCAUGUUUUCUUUUUUUUCGUAAUUUUGAAUUAUGGCCACGUGCGAGAUUAUAUAUCUGAAUUUUUUGGACGUAUAUAUAGGAAAUAUUUAAUGACGAGAUAGCACAUAAUGCACGUACGUUCCACGGUAAUCUAUAAAUAUGUUUCUAAUGUAAUAUCUGUAAUUGAUGUAUUAGAAUAGUUAUUUAACAAGUAAGUUGUAAGUUGUAAAGUAAUAAAAAUGAUAAUGAUAACCAUGUUAAUGAUAAGUAAAUGUGUAUUUAUUAAGGAUAAGGGAAUGAUUGAGGAUGUAUACGUCAGAUUAUUAGGAUUAUUCCCCGUGAAAAGAAACCCACCUGUGAGAAACUGUAUUCGAAUUUUUUUUGCAGAAAUGCAGGAAAUGAGCGCCAUCUCUGUAAUUAUAUAAGUGUAUCUAAUACGAAGGGUGAGCCGCUAGGUGGCUGGCGCGUAUUUCUUGCAAUUUGUGCAGUGCAAGAAAUACAGGGCGGAAAAGGUGCAAGAAAUUAAGAAAAAAAACACUGAUUAUGAAUUUGUGUAAAGCUGUAAGACAAUCCUUUUAUCAUCGUCGUGAUGGAGAUCAUCAUCAUGGCGACGUUUUUUGUUAUCCAUUAAAAUAUAUAAAUGUAUACUUACUUGGUAUAAAAAACUAUGUAUACUUACGUAAAUUAGGAAAUAUAUGUAAAUGAGUAAAUAUAUGUCAUAAUGUAUUAUAUGUAAAUUUGGUAAUUUUAAGUGAAAUGAAAUGAAAUAUACUAUAUGUUUUCCCUGGUAAAUCGUGUCUUUGUGUAAAAAGAAUAAAUUGGUAAUUAAAAA